AUGUAGUAGUUAAAAGCACAACUGUUAGAUUUAGAUUUAUUAUAAUCAUCUUUUAUUGAUGGUCCUUAAGAAAAAGAAAAAGAGUUCCAUUAAUAAAAAAUAAUUAGACUUAAUUAAUUGAUUAGCCAAAAUUACAAAACAAUAGAUUAAAAAGAAGUUCAAUUAAUUUAAAUGCAAAAUAGGUAAUUUGUUUAGUAUUAAUAGUUUUAGUUUAGGUUCUUUGAUAGAUGAAUAUGAUAUAAAUAUUAAUUAUAUUGAUCAAAUGCUUUAAACAAUAGAUUCUAUUAUAUAUGAUACAGAAAAGGUUGGUAUGAGAUUCUUUUAAAAAAGAGGGAGAGUGAAUGAAAUAAUGGAAAAUUUCGGAAAAUCAACAAUAAAAAAUGUAAAAUUAGAUUUGCCUAUGUUAAAAUAAAUAAUUCAGAUUGGAAUAAAGAGUAAUUUUGGAGAUGCAUAAUCUUAUAAAUAAGUAAUUAUGUUAAUUACAAUAAGAUAAAAGAACUCUUAAUUUAAUUAAGAAAUAAGUUAGUUGGUGAACUUAAUAAUUUAAAUACUGAUAAGAUUGAUUAGCUUGAAUUAAAUAUUAAUGUUUUAAAGAAGGAAACAAUGAAAUUAAAGAGUCAACUGUUAGAAUCGACAUAGAAAAUACAAGUAGAAAAUAGAGAUAUAAGCUCAAUUACAGAAAGUAAGAAGAGAAUUGAGACAGAAUUAAUAAUACUUGAUGAAGACUUAAGAUUGGAGAAUGAAUUAUUUAAUAGGAAAGAAACAUUUUUAAUAGAAGAGGUGAAGGAAUUAAUGGAUAUAGAAUAACUUUUAAAAAAUAGAGAACUAAUUGAAUAUAUUUAAGAAUAAUAAUAAUGA